UAGCUCAAAGGUUGGGUUGAGCACAGAUUAUGCAGUCUGUAUCCACAACAUAAUGUACUACAGGCCACUGACCCUGCCAAACAGGUCUCUUACCUCAGGUCGUAGCAGAACCAGCUCCUAAGGUUGCAUAUUUCAAUAAUACAGACACAAACGCAGGAUGAAGUUGCUGGUGUCUGUGUGGUUCCUGUGCUUCCUGCCCCUGCUUUGCACAGCCCAGGCCAACCGAGAUAUCUGCAAUGCCAAGCCCAAAGACCUCCCCCUGGAGCCUUUGUGCGUCUAUCGCAGCCCGGAUCCUGAACCUGGGACUGAGGAACCUGUAGAAGCAGAAGAGGAAAUUCCGGAGUCCACCAACCCCCGAGUGUGGGAACUUUCGAAGGCAAAUAGCCGAUUUGCCCUCUCUCUCUUCCAGGAGCUUGCUAAGGGCAAGCCAACAGAUAACAUCUUCAUGUCCCCAAUCAGCAUUUCCACAGCGUUCGCCAUGACCAAGCUGGGAGCCUGUAACACCACCCUGGAGCAACUCAUGAAAGUGUUUCAGUUUGACACGAUCAAAGAGAAGACAUCUGACCAGGUGCACUUCUUCUUUGCUAAGCUGAACUGCCGUCUUUAUCGAAAAAAGGACAAGACAACAGAGCUGGUCUCAGCCAAUCGUUUGUUUGGGGAGAAGUCUUUAAGUUUCAAUGAGACUUACCAGAACAUCAGUGAGCUGAUUUAUGGGGCAAAGCUGUUACCACUCAACUUCAAGGAGAAGCCAGAGCUUUCAAGAAUGACAAUUAAUGAAUGGAUUUCCAACAAGACAGAGAACCGGAUCCAAAACACACUGCCACAAGGCUCAAUAGACCCCAACACUAUUCUUGUUUUGGUGAACACCAUCUAUUUCAAGGGCCAGUGGAGAAACAAAUUCGACAAGGAGAACGUUAUGAAAGAUGACUUUUAUGUUACUGAUGAAAAAACCUGCGAAGUGCCUAUGAUGUAUCAGGAAACAAAAUUCAAGUAUGGAAAGUUCGAUGAAGAUAAAGUUAAGGUCCUUGAAAUGCCAUACCGUGGAGAGGACAUCACGAUGGUGCUGAUCCUUCCGACCAAAGGCACCACCUUGUCUGAGGUGGAGAAAAGCCUGGACCUGAAGAAGCUGGUUGGCUGGCUGGACAACAUGAAGGAGAUAAAAGUGGCUGUGCAGAUCCCACGCUUCCAGAUUGAAGAUAGCUUCAGCUUGAAGGAGAAGCUGCAGAGUAUGGGCCUGCAGGACCUCUUCAGCCCACAUCAGGCUAGCCUUCCCGGCCUACUUGCAGAUGAGUCAGAUAACGUUUUCAUAUCAGAUGCCUACCAUAAAGCAUUUCUGGAGGUAAAUGAAGAGGGUAGCGAGGCAGCCGCUGCGACCGCAGUGGUGGCCAUCGGUCGCUCCAUCAACUUCAACCGCGAAGUCUUCAUCGCCAACCGGCCUUUUCUACUGCUCAUCCGUGAGUCCACCAUCAACACCAUCAUCUUCAUGGGCCGUGUGGCAAAUCCGUGCGGUGGUAACCAAUGAGAUGUCCUCGAGCAGAAGGGCAGGGCACAGGCAGGAAGAGGCGGAAGGAAAUUGACGCAUGAUGGAUGUUUUUUAUGAUUUCUCAGAAGAAUACACUGAAAUAAUUGUGGUCGCUCUCAAAUAAAGAGUACACUUAUUAAAAGGGUCUUUGUUGACUCUU